GCUGCUCCAACAGCCGGUCUGCUGGCUGGGACACCGUGGAGCUAAUAAUAACGACCACCGCUAACAUGUCCGUGUUGUCCCUCACCAUUCUGCUGCUCUUCAGGGGGUUCACUUUUUCUGCUGCAGGCAACUGUGAAGUGUGUGUGGACUUUCUCAACAGACUAUAUGGCAGUCUGACCUCAGCCCACAAAGAACUCACUCCGUCCCUGGUGGAGGAAGAGCUAAUCCAGGCCUGCACUGCCACUCAGGGGAAGGAGGCACGGCUGUGUUACUACCUAGGAGCCAGUAGUGAUGCAGCAACCCGUGUCACAGCAUCAGUGGCUCAACCUCUGGCCUUCCACGUCCCAAUAGAGAAGAUCUGCCAGCGCCUCAGUAGCAGAGACACUCAGAUCUGCCAGAUUAGAUAUGAGCCUCAGCUGAAGGAUCUGAGUAGCGAUGGACUCAAAAGAAUGAGAGUCUUGGAGCUGAAGAACAUUUUAGCUUCGUGGGGAGAAGAGUGUCAAGGCUGUCUGGAGAAACAUGAGUUUGUCAGCCUCAUCCAAGAGAAAGCCGCCCUGCACGUUCCUGGUAUGGAAUUAUGAAUAGUGAUUGAUUUGUCUCCACCCUUUUAUACCCCCCAAAAACAGUCAACUCACUCUUGCAUGGUUUUAGCCACACUUAAGUCAUUUAAUUUCAUCUAAAUAAAAAAUACUAAUAUGUAAAUUGCAGUCCUGCACUUCGAUUGACAUCCAGUUGGUACAUUUUCCUUCAAGGCACAUUUUGCAGCCUUUAUACCUCAUGCAAUUGGGUGUAGAAAACCUGUACAGUUAAGUUUCUCCAGCAGUGGUCUGGGAAAUUGUUCCAAAGGAUUAAAGGUUUAUGCAAAUGUUCGCUUCUAAAAUAUACAGCAUUCUUUUCUGUUGAAUUAGGCCAAAUCCAGUUUACCAAUUUGACACUACUAAAGGCUUGUUCUAGUCCUACAUGAGGAAUGUAUUGAUUUGCUUGUGAAGAUUUAUGAAAUGGGAUAAACAUAGAACAAGUUUUUAGCUGUAGGCUACAUUAUUUAAACAUCUGGGUUAGUUUGUACAGCAGGGUUUGACAAUUAAUAUUCUUAGGACAUGCAUAUUUAGUUUUUUGAAUAAUUACAAAGAGGUGCCCAAAAUACAGUCUGUUGUUAACACAAGCUUAAUAGAUUCUUAUGUUUGGAUCGAAGACAUUAAAUAUAAAAAUAAUAUAUCUGCAUUUUAAAGCUGUUACGCAUGUCAUUAAAGUUUAGCGUGGCUAAAUGAAACCUCCUAAAUUCUUCUCACCUUCACGGAUCCCAUUGUGUUUGCUUGCUCUCAUGUUACUUUGUUGGAGUUCGUUCACAGCCAGAAGCAGUUUUGACGAUGACAUUUCCCAUAUCAUAAAAGUGGUUUUAUUUGUGAAAAAUAUGUUAUUGAACAUGACUGUUUGGCAUCAUAAA